AUGUCCUUCAACCCAGACAGUCAAUGGUGCACCGUCUGCGGAUCGAACGCCCAUAGAACAAAAGAAUGUCCCGAGUCCUUCUGCAACUAUUGCAAGGAGCAAGGCCAUUUCAUAAAGCAUUGUCCACGACUUUCACCCUGCGGGAACUGUGGAAAGAAGGGCCAUCGAACCGAAAACUGCAGAAAUCCCACUGCACCGUUUCACUCUCAGCAGUCAGGUAGUGGAUUUGUACCCUGGACUGAACAGACAGCGGCCAAAUACCCGAUACAGCCCAUUGCUACACGCUCUGUGCCCGUUCUGAAAACAACUGUCGAUGCAGGAACUGUUCCAUCCAAACCUGAGGACGUAGCCAAAGGCGAUGAACGUUGUGCCUGGCCACUACGCCGGUGUAAAGCAUUUCCUAUGACGCUUGUCACAAGGGAGAUGCUAGCAAGCAUAAGUUUUUAUGUUCAGACUUUACAAGCGGCCAACCGAGCAGGCGAAGGGGACAGGCAGAAUCAGAUGGAGCGUGGAAUGAAAAUGCUUAUUGCUUUGGGCUUGAUUGAUUCCUGCUGA